AAAAUACAAAAAUUGGAGCUGGAAUAGUGCGAGAUGUGCCAUCCCUGGUGUGGUGGGACCCAAACACACACGCACGCGGCACACAGUUCCAGAUCACGACCCGAAUCGGAGCUGCUAGAGUGCCGCACCGCAACACACCGCCUACGUCAGCAAAAUCACGUUGCACAUCAGCAGUUGGCCGGAAAUUUGGCCCAAACGGAGAAAAUCCUAAACCCCUGCAUCAACUAUACUUCCACCUGCCAGAGAGAUGGCCAUUAAACCAGGACUUGGUCGCAAGACCAGCAACAAAAAUCCUCCGAUUCUGAGCCACGAGUUCGUUAUUCAGAACCAUGCGGACAUUAUUUCCUGCGUGGCCAUGGUUUUCGUGGUCGGUCUGAUGAACGAAUCGACGGCGGCGUUCGCCAGUGCGUUCAUAUCCCUGCAUCAUAAUGUCAGCGGUGAGGAUCCCAGUAGGGAGCAGCCAUAUGGCAAGGCCUACACCUAUAUUGCCGGGAUCAAGGACUACUGUGCGAUAUUCUUCUACACGCUGACCUGCAUCAUCAUGCACGCGAUUAUCCAGGAGUUCGUGCUGGACAAGAUCAGCAAAAAGCUGCACCUAUCCAAGUUCAAGCUGGCCCGUUUCAAUGAGUCCGGGCAGCUGGUGGCCUUCUAUCUGCUGUCCUUCGUCUGGGGCGCCCAUGUCCUGCUAAAGGAGGGCUAUCUCGGCCAGGUGGCCCAGCUGUGGGAGGGCUUCCCCGACCAUCCAAUGAGCUUUUUGCACAAGUUCUACUUCGUGGUGCAGCUGGCCUACUAUCUGCACAUGCUGCCGGAGCUGUACUUCCAGAAGAUCAAGACCAAGGAGGAGCAGCAGCCAAAGAUCGUGCACUCGAUCAGCGGCUUCACCCUGAUUGUCCUGGCUUAUACGCUCAGUUUCCAGCGCUUGGCCUUGGUUCUGUUGACGCUGCACUACUUCAGCGAGCUGCUGUCGCACGUCUUCCAGCUAAUUGGCGUCUUCGAUCGCGAGGAGCGCCUGGCCAAGCUGCGUGUGGUCAACAAUGGUGUCUUCUUCCUGAUCCGCUUUGCCACGUCGGUGAUAGGAGUACUCACCCUGUACUACGGCAUCGGUGGAGUGAGAUCCCUGCUAGCGUUGGGCGGUCUGAUUGCCCUGCAGGGCUACCUGGUGUUCUCCUUCAUCACGGAGCAGCUGCGCGCCAAGCGAGAGGCCAAGAAGGAGGCCAAACGCGAAGCCAAACUGGCGCUGCAAACCAAGAAGCCCGCCAAGACACCCAAGGAUAAAGUCAAGCGCAAAAAGGAGAGCGAUCUGCCCGAGGCGGACCAAAGUUCGCCCAGUCCCAUCAAGCAGAAGCUCAAGUGAGAAGCCGGGAAACACAGCAACAAAAUCUUCCGCACACUUCCAAUCCAAAACGAAUGAGAGAUAGAGCAGCAUCAUGAACAGGCGCCCAGAGUAUAUAGUAGAUAUAUAGCCACGAUUCUAAUCCACGGCUCCCUGGCUUUGUAAAUCUCGUUUAGCUCAAAACUACUACUGCAAACAUUUCUGCUGCAUUUACUUCCUCGACACACAAAAGAAACUAUUUCUUAGCCUAAAUGUUUUGUUUCAUUUUAAGUUUACAUCAUUUUUUUAAACAAAUUUUUUUUAUUUUUAUACAUACACAAAAAAUUAAAAAAAAAAAAGAGUAAACAAAAUAUAAAAAAAAGCUUACUAUAAUGUGUGUUUUUCAAUGGCUAUUGCAUUAAGUAAAUUGUUCAAUUGCUGAAAAAUGAUUUCACAAUUUCCGAUCGUCCUAUUUGCAUGUAAAAAUAUUUUUUAUAAAAUCAAAAGAAAGAGAAAAAGAAAAAGAUCAAGAACAAGAUUGUAACCAGGCAAAACAAAAUAUUUGCUGAAUAUAUAAAAAAUAUAUAUAUUUUGUAUAAGAAACUGAAA